AUGAAAUUUGCCGAACAUCUCCGUGAGUCUGCAAUUCCAGAGUGGAUCGACAAAUAUAUCGACUACAAAGCCGGUAAAAAAAAGCUGAAAGCUUGUCAUGGGAAUAUAACAACCAGUGCGGCACUCUCUAAUAAUGUUCCUGGUAGCAUUUCCUCUUUAGAGUCACUGCCAUCUCAUGCGAAUAAUAGCCCACGAUACAGAACUCAAAGCUCAUACACAAAUGCCCAGAAGCAGAUGGUAAUCGAGUUUGUGGAAAAGUGGGUCAUCGAACAGGAAGUCGAGAAAUGUAACGAUUUUUACCUGUGGGAAUUGGAGCGCUGCGGGAAAAGAUUUGCCAUUCUUCAGCAACAAAUGCAUCGCUACGAGAUCCACAAGGAACAAGCGGCCUUCGAUCGUAGUGGCCAAAACAUGGCGGCUUUAAAAACCUACGGCUCUCUAAAGGCCGACAGCGCGAGUCCAUCGCCUCCAACUUAUCCUAGCAAUCCAUGGGCCUCUAAGCUGGGAAAUAUCUUGCGUGAAAAUGAGCUUAUGCCUUCGCUACCAAGCUUUUUACCUUUUAAGCGUCUUAUGAGCCGGACCUCGGCCCAAGAUUUUGCUUCCACCAUAGGUCACGGCGAAACAUUCGCUCCCAACGCAUUGAGUGCCGGUCAAAUUCAGCAACGACUUUCAGAUGCGCUAAUCGAGGAAUAUCUUUUGAUUCAGCUCAUUAAAAAUUACAGAGACGUGAACGUCACAGGCUUCAGAAAGAUAGUCAAAAAGUUUGACAAGACUUGCGGCACGAAGGAGCUGCCUCAUUUCAUGGAGUAUGCGAAAAAUAAGUUCCCUCUUUUCCAGGAUGCAGAUGCCAACGCUAAUGUAGUUGCUCAAGCCUUGCGUGAUUCUGUCAUGUUGCGUCAACCGUCAAAGAUACCUUCAGAUUUGGAACCGGCUGAUCCGCUGAUGGCGUGGGAACGCGAACUUACAUGUUGGUACACUGACACUUUGGCUUUAUCAUCUAAGGAUCGCAAGCAAAAAUCAGCAAGAUUAAAGAAUAUUUCGUUAGAAUACUCGUUGAGCGAGCGGAAAGUUCACCGUUUCAACAGAUCUACUCUUCAAAUGUUUGUUGGAGGGUUUCUACUGGGUGCUUCUCUCGCCUUGGUUGGCUACACAUUGUACGUUGGAUUUUCCGCUUCGCCUCUCUCAUACACUCACAAGAUACUGUUACCUCUAUGGGGUGGCUGGUAUAUGGUUUUUUUGAUGGCUCUCUUGUUUUCGUUAGACUGUUUCGUCUGGCACAAGAACAACAUUAACUACAGGUUUAUCAUGUUUGGUGAGAUGCAAUCGCGACAUGGUGCCGUACUCUACAAUAACGACUUUUCAACGACCAAAAUCCCGCUUCUAUUUUACUUCACGAGCGUACUUUUAACACCUCUGGCGAUCUUGAGCACGCUCAGUUUUCACGCAGACAGAUUAGGACCUUACUCUAUUAUAUGGAUUGUGAUGCUAGUCGUGCUUUACCUUUUACCCUUCCUGGGCAAGCAACCGUGGGGCAAUAUUCCGUACUGGAACAAGCUGAAACAAUCGGUGAAGUGGGUGCUUGUUACAUUCAUAAGAUUGAUAUUUUCUGGAUUCUACCCAGUACAGUUCGGAGAUUUCUUUUUGGGUGACAUUUUCGCUUCGCUAACAUACUCUAUGGGAGAUAUCGCAUUCUUCUUCUGCAUCUACUCGAAAACGCCCAACGGUUUGUGUGGAUCAUCACAUUCAAAAUCAAUGGGAGCCGUAAGCUGUCUGCCUAAUUUUUGGAGAUUCCUGCAGUGCUUAAGACGUUUCUCAGAUUCUGGGGACUGGUUUCCCCAUUUGUUGAAUGCCAUAAAGUAUGCUAUAGGUGUAUGCUUCUAUGCGUCCCUCUGCGCGUAUCGACUCUCGCGCACUACUGCUGCAAGAAAUGUCUUCUUCAUUUUCGCCACAUUGAAUGCUAGUCUAACGUCUGUGUGGGAUAUUGUUAUGGACUGGUCUCUUUUGCAACCUAAAUCACGUAACUGGCUCCUUAGAGAUGAUCUUUACCUCGCAGGACGUAAGAACUGGAAGACAGGAGCCUACCAGAGAAGAAGAAAGCUAGUGUAUUAUGUUGCUAUGGUGCUGGACGUCAUCAUAAGGUUUGAAUGGAUUGUUUACGCCGCGGCACCGGAUACAAUCAAUCAGAGUGCAAUCACGUCGUUUAUCCUAGCUGUUCUUGAGGUUUCUCGUCGUUUUAUCUGGCUAGUAUUCCGUGUUGAGAACGAACAUGUAGCCAAUGUUCAUCUUUUCAAGGUAUCAGGUGAAGUAUCUUUGCCAUUCCCUACCACUGUAGCUGAUGAAUCAGAAACCGAAGAAUCUAUCACAAGUGGUAGGUACUCUUUAUCAGAUCUCAACGGCCCUGAAGCUCCCAAUCCAGCUUACAGAGGUCCAGCUGUAUCGAGAUCGAACUCUAGCGGGCUUUUCAGAACUUUCAGUAAGUCGAUUCCAUGGGCUCAUGCCAAAGAUUUCCAGAGGCCUCAAAGUAAUCCAACCGAUGACAAGAACACGGAAAGUGACGGCAGUGAGAGUGAAGUCGAUAGUGUGGCGUGA